AUGUUCAGUCAUACCGUUGACAUCAAGCGUCCGGAGCAGAAAUGGACUCCUCUCCAGCUGUUGCCCGCGGUGGGAAAAUCCGACCAUCCUGAGCUGAUGCAGCACCUAGCGCGAUUGAGGCAAGAAAUCGCAGACCUUCGUGACUACAGCGAACGUGUAACAAAGGAACUACGUGCUUUGCAACUGAAGCAGGACUCGGAUCUUCCUCGAACAGCCGCUGAACGCCCCAUCGACACGAACACAGCACCCGAAGUCUUCCAUAUUGAAGCUGAAAAGAGUGUGCGAGGGGUAGAACGCUUCAACGAUAUCCCUUUACCUGCUUGGACAUUGGACAUGCAGCUUAUGUGUCCGCUCAUAUCUGCUUACGAUACAAGACUUAAGGACCAACAGGCUCUUUUAGACAGGCGGGAAACAGAUGUCAAAGCUCUGGCUGAAAAUGUCAUGACGCUGACAAAAGAAAACGAAGCGCUGAGAAACGACGUGCGAAGCAAAGCUUCUCAGCUUCAAGCGCUGUUCGCUGGGGAUGGAGAGGGGAACAGCGACGGGAAACCUGGGGGGAAAAGUAUUGUUGCAUUACUGCACGAAAAAGACGAACUUGAGGAAUUACACAACGUAACGAAGGAGCAAAAUGAAGUACUGCUGAAGCAAAAUCACCUUAUGAAAUGUCAUGUCGAGCAAUGCGAACAAACCAUGGAACUUCUGCGUUCUCAGGUUGUAGAGGCGGAGGAGCAAGAAGCCGCAGCCAGCGAAACACUGCGUCACAAUAAAGCCUUGGAGCAGUUGCUUAAUGAGGCAAAGAUUCAGCUGGAGGAGCUCCUCGAAGAAAGAGACAGCUUGCAGGCUAGUAAGGAACAUCAAGAGAGGGAGCUAAGUACGCUUAGGUCGAAGUGCUCUCAACUGGAGGAUCAGACCGCAAUGCUGCAGCAGCAAUUAAACAAGGAACGCCAGAUAGCGCAGGAAGCCGAGGAAGCAUCAAAGUCCAGAGAGGCAGAAAAACAAUUACAGGUUCAGGCCCUCGAGAAUCAGCUCACAGAUAUGCAGGAUAACUUUGUGCAGUUGUCUCAUGAAAACGAGGAUGCGGAUCGGGAGACACAGAAGGCUCGAGAGAUCAUUGACUACUUAGAGGAGAAGGCGAGUGCCUUAGAACAAGAAAAUGAGCAAGUGAAGAACAGCCUUUCAGAACUCAACCAGAAAUAUCAAGAACUGGCGAUUGAAAAGGAAAAACUUUCAGCGUCAGCAAAAGUGGUCAAGAAUCAACUCGACAAAAUCCGGGAGCAACAUGCGAGCGAGCUUGUCCUUCAGAGAAGCUUGAUGGAUGACCGCUUCGAAGGAGCCACGAACCAGCUUCAGCAGCAGGUAGAGCAACUGAGACAACGAACUCAGGAUUUGGCAACAACAAAUUCGGAUCUGACUCUGCGAACAGAAGCAGCGGAGCGUCGAUGUAAGAUUUCUGAUGCUGCAGCAACUCAGGCGCAACAAGAGCUUCGCUCCGCUUCCAGGUCUCAUCAGGCUCUUGUUCAGCAGCUUCAGCAGACGAAGAUAAGCCUCGAAAAAGAAAGGGAUAAGCUUCGUGAGGAAGUAGACGCUUUGAAAGUGACAACUGCAGACACAGUAUCAGCAGCAGUGAAUGAAAAACAGCGUUUAGAGCAGGAACUUGUUCAGGUGCGCUCAGCACUGGCAUCUGAGGAGCAGGUCAAACGCCAUGCACAGUCAUCCCUUGAUGCACUCAAGGAACGAAUUACCGAACUAAACGGCAGGAACGCCUCCAUCGAGGAUGAGCUUCUAGGCAUCCGCCGGAAACAUGAAAAAGAGAUCGAUGAAGUAAAACGUCAGUACUCUGAACAGUUGUCUCUAGCAGAAGGGAAGCUUCGCACUCUUGCCCAAGAAAGCCAAGCUAAGGAACAACAAGCCAUACAGCUCAUGAAAGAAGAAGAAGAAUUACGACAGAAAAUGCAACGAGAGUAUGAUAACGAACGCAACACUCUAGAGUCGAAGAUUUCCAAGUUACGCUCUGCUAACUCACUUCUUCGCUCGAAAAUGUUAGAACUUUUCCAGUCUCUUGAGCUGCCUCCUAGCAAAGACUAUGUUCUUGGGAUGACCUCUUUCGAUAACGGUAGUGUACGCUCAUCGUGCAUUACAGAAAGUUUAUCUUAA